AUGCUCCCAGCCAGACAAAACAAGAUUGACCUAGACAAAUUAACGGAGGAAGAAAAAAAAAUUUUCCGUAUGUAUGGCAGGUUGCCAACGGGAAAAGACAUUUUGAGCCAUAAAUUGAAGGAACGAAAAUACUUUGACUCUGGUGAUUAUGCACUUACAAAAGCUGGCAAAACUCAAGGGCCUGUUGGUGUUCAACACCCAUCUCCUGAUAAUAUUCCUCAUGCAACUGCUAUCGCUGCAACUACUCAUAAUUCUUCACCUGUGAAGGAGAGUUCCUUAGUACAUGAAGCAGAACUGAAUGAUGAAAAAACUGUGGAUUCUGAUGUACAACCAGCUGAUCUAAAUACUACAUCUACUCCUUCUAC